UCUAACCUUUUAAAGGAGAAGUUUAACUGUGGAAAAAUCCAAUUUCUCGCCUUUUUAGUUUGUGACAACCUGUAUCUUGCAUCUUAUCCAUAUCAAUGAACUCAGAUUUACAAGAAACAAAAAUACCACAAGCACCCGAUGACUAAGACGUACGGUGUCAUCUCCAGUUCAAAAUAACCUAUAAAAUAAUCGGAAACGCCCCAACAAUCAAUUAUAUACCUCACAUUACACUUUGGUCUACUGUGAAACCAACGGACAUUCAUUUUCAUUGGUACUUUCACAAUAUUUAAACAUUUAUCUAAAAUUCACCACAUCUGUGUAUAGUCCACGUCAACAGACCGUUUGGGAAGGGCAUGGUGACUUCCGUGCUAUUAAUGCUUUACUUUGGCUGUUAAGGAAUAAAUAAUCGUAUCGUAUCAGAAUUCCAUACAUGAACCGGAGUGCGAGUGGAGUCCGAGGCCAGCCCAUGUCACCUUCUGUCGUUGAGUGGAGCUGAUUCCUGGCCCAGAGAAAAAAAAAAUGUCCAAAGGGAGUCAGUACCAAGAUGCCGACUGUGUGUGUUCUUACGGGAUGAAAAUCACCUGGGACAUUAACGACCCCAAACUGCCCCAGGACAUAAAGCAGUUUGAUACGUUCCAGGAAUGGACAGAUGGCUAUGUGCGAUAUAUUUACACUGCAGAUGAUAAAAAUGCGCAGAGGCACCUUAGCGGCUGGGCCAUGAGGAACACCAACAACCACAACUGCCAGAUCCUGAAAAAGUCCUGCCUUGGAGUGGUGAUCUGCGCCAGAAACUGCACCUUGCCUAAUGGCAGCAAAUUACAGCUCAGACCGGCUAUCUGUGACAAAGCUCGUCAAAAACAGCAGAAAAGAGUAUGUCCGAACUGCAACUCAGCACUGGAACUGAUAACUUGUCGAGGUCACAGUGGCUAUCCAGUCACAAACUUUUGGAGACUUGAUACCAAAGCCAUAUUUUUCCAGGCUAAAGGCGUCCAUGAUCAUCCAAGACCAGAGAGUAAAUCAGAAACAGAAGCAAGGAGAAGUGCUGUUAAGAGACGAAUGUCCUCUCCACACUUUUCACACAAGAAAAGGCACAUGGAACCAGAGGCAAGUAGAUACCAUGACAGUGGUGGCCCCUUCAGCAGCCUUCACCACUUGCCUUGUAUGGAAGCUCCAGACAGAUUUGGCAUAAUAGCAGAAUCAAGCUUUCCUAUUCCAUCACAUCAUUAUUCACCAUUUCAAAAUUCAGAACCUUUCAAGCCUGCCUAUGAUCCCAGCAGCAGUUUUGUGGAAACAACCUCCCCACUUCAGAAGGUCUCCAACCCAAGGAUUUAUGUUCCCCGAGGUUCCUGUGGCUAUGAUUUUACUGUGCCUAGCUAUAUGGGCUCCAACUCUUAUUCCGCCCUUUAUAAAGAUUCUGGUAACAUAGAGUCUGAAACUGACUCAGGAAAGAUGUGUGUGCAACUUAAUGGAUCCCAUCACGGUAUGGGCACCCUGAAUGUCCAUGAUCGAAACUUUGAUGGGCCAAGUAAACAUCAUGGGUGGAAGCAGAUAUUGAAAGGAGGAUAUGGAGAUAGGAAUGAGUGUAGCCAUAUCAUACCCAAUUCAAGUCAUUACUACAAUGGAGAAUACCCCUGCAGAUUAGGUGGCACUGGGUCAAACCCUCCGGCUUUACAAACGAUCAUAACUACAACUACAAAAGUUUCCUAUCAAACUUACAAACCCAUGACUAAGUUUGAUGACAAUAUUUGUGAUGCCAAAAAUCUUCCAAACUGCAAUCACUUAGCAGACAACAUAUCUCCUACUAUUUAUCCUGAGACAAAGUUCCAGGAAGAUAACAACAUGAUCAAAUCAGCAACACCCUAUCAACAGGAAGGGCCCUCUAAAACGGAGCGGACCGAAGGACUGGAAAGCUACAGAUAUGGAAGUUAUUCUGCAAAUUCCUACGCUAAUCGAUUAGCUCAUCCUUUCAGAUACGAUACUGGAGAAUACUGAAAAUGAACUCACCUUUUCCGACUUUACUCUCAUGGUCCUUAAUUAUUUUUAAGUACACAAUGAUCCUUUGGAACUUUAAUCCAAUCAAGGUAUAGUUUGCAAGUGAUGUAGUGCCAUUGAAUAUUUCAUACUCCUAAAAAGGAAUCACAAAAACGGAAACACAGGAAAAAGUUACAGUGCAUUCAAACUUGACUGAACAAUUAGAAAAUCUAUGGUCCACUUCCUCAAAACUUUCUUUUAACUCAAGGGCAACUUGAAACAUGUUAUGUUCAGAUUUAAAACUGCAAUUCAGAGCACUAAAACUUAACAGAUUAAAGAUGAACAUUAUUUUGUCUCCUGUACAUUUCUAUACUCAUGGUUCGUAAUCAGUACUUGUCAUUACAUUACAAAAGUUUUUAGUUUGUGCGUAGCUGAAUGUUUGGAUAAAAUAUGACAAUAAACUUAUUAUACUUGAUGUUAAAUGCAUACAACCAAAAGAUGUCUGAUUAUGAAUUAGAAUGUUGCUGUGUGUUUCUGCAUCAUUUUUCUUUUUAUUUGGCUCCUCAAGAGUAGCUGUUCAAGAUCUACUUUGCUCAUUUGUGCAAUGUAUACGGUUCCAGGUCUCUAAACGUAUUGUAUCAAAAAAGUUGGAGGCUAAAAUGACACAACCAUGUGUGCUAAUACCUUGAGAACUACUCAUGGAAUUUGGAGAUAAUGUGUUCUAGGGUGUGAAGCAUGUUUUCUGUAUCCAAUAUUGGAAUGAAGAUAUUGAAUGAAGUGUGACAUAGCGAAAUAUUUAAUUCUAAUUGAUGUCAGGUAUUAUUAUUAUUUGACAAAUACAUCACUUUGACUCCCAUAUCAUGUCCUGAGUGCAAUUGGCAAUUUUAUAAUUUAACACAACGAAUUGGAUUGCCAUCAUAAAGUAGAGAAAGGACUCUUUAAUUUGAACAUCAGCGAUAAAAAUAAUUUGCAUUGAAUUUGUAUCCUUUACGUAAUCUGGAUGUUUUAAAUAGCUUCAUGUAAUAAGACAUCAGCCGAAUAUAUUGUGCUAACGUUAUAUAUAAUCAUGAUGUCAGUUUAUGUAGAUAGAACUGGAGAAAGCAGAACCUCUCCAAGAGACAAAACAGAACACA